AUGAAAGUGGACGUGGCGAAAGACGUAUAUAAUACCGUACCCCGAAAAUCUAAGUCUACACAGCGUGGUUUCCUUCUCUCAUUGAUUUUGAUGAUGACAACUGUCUUCCAAGGAAUGCCAGCGGUUAUGGUAUAUUCUAAUCCUCUGUUUGCCGACGCAGUUCCAGAAGAGACCCUAUCGCCUGCAUGGUGCAGUGUUAUAUUAGCUAUAGUAUGUGUGGUUUUUGGAAUGAUUGCAUCAUAUUUGACUGACCUGAGUGGAAGACGGCCACUGAUGAUCAUCUCCUCAAUAGCAGCUGGCUUGUGUCACGUAGCCUUGGGUACACAAAUACAUCUACAAUGGGGUCCUCGGUGGUUGACUGCGAUUCUUGUCUAUUUGUUCGUUGGAACUUACCAGUGCGGCGCCGGAACUGUACCUUUUGUUUUGAGCGCUGAGGUUUUUCUGCCAGAGGUAUCGAGUAUCCUGACUAUGAUUGUGUUCGAGUGGGGAUGGCUCUGCAACUUCAUCUUGCUGUUCAUAUUCACCCCAUUGAUCGCUGCCAUCGGUCUGGGUCCCAUCUUCUACAUAUUUGCCGCAAUCUGCUUCUGCUCAGCAAUAAUCAGCAUGUUAUUCUUGCCCGAGACAAAAGGACUAACAGUGGAUGCUAUACAAUUGUUAUUUGUAAAACAGAAGAGAAAUAAUGUGAUUUGAUUAAAUAUUUUUUGU